AUGACAGGACGCAUCAGCGAGGCUAUUCAGCAGGACCACAACGAGAUCGAGGCUUGCUUCGAGAAGAUCGUCCACUCGUCCAGCAGAGACGAACAGACCCGAUUCCAGACUCUCUUCACAUGGGAACUGGCCCGCCACCUGGUCGGCGAGGAAAUCGUCGUCUUCCCAGCGUUGGAGAAGCAUCUUCCAGACGGCCGGUCCAUGGCAGACACCAACCGCAAGCACCACCACCACAUCAAAGAGCAGUUGAAGCAGUUCCAGAGCAUGAGUGCAUCAAAUGUCGACUUUCUCCGCACGCUCGAUUCUCUGAUGACCACCACCUUGCUGCCACACAUGAGAGAAGAAGAGGCCAACGACUUGUCCAAGCUGGAGGAUGUGCUGUCCCAUCACGACAGCCUCAAGCUCGCCAAAGCCUUCAGCCGGACAAAGAUCUUUGCCCCCUCACGCUCGCAUCCCCAUGUGCCAGACAAGCCUCCCUUUGAGACGGUUGUCGGCCUCUUGGCGGCGCCCAUCGAUCAGCUGGCUGAUUUGUUCCGCAAAUGGCCCCAUGAAGGCCAACCAGGAUGA